AUGACUGUGACUCUGUCGCAGGUCGCUGGAGCUUUCGGGCUGCGCUGCAGCAGCGAGACGGACAUGUCAUCCGCCGUGUCACGACACGACGGCGCCGGGCUCCUGAUGGAGCUCCUGACCCCAAAGUGCCGCCCCCGCUCGCCCCUGAACAACUCCAACAGUCCUCUGGGGCGCUCCGGGAGCUUACGACGCUCCCGCCACUCUCCGUCCAGCUCGCCGUCCAUCGCCGCUGACCGUGAACUGAGCACGCUCCUGGGGAUGGUGACCCCUGAGCACAAAGAGGCAAGGACAGCUUUUCUAUCACCUGAACUUAAAAGUCCAGGACUGUCCCCUCAGACACUGAGGGUCCCGACACGCAGCUUCCCCCAAAACCAGCAGCCUCACGCCGCCUCCACGCCUUCUUUGAGCGCACAGAAUCAUACAACCGCCACUUACCUCAGCGAUGAUGCUACGCACACUCGAGUGAACGCCACAAGUAAAGUCAAAACUACCUCCGAUUCCAACCAGCAACCCAACAACAGCAAAGACAGAACGCUUUCGGACCUUCAGUCUGGUUCCAGGAAAGAACUCGCUAGAACAAACAAAGCUGAUCUGGAGUUUAGUGGACGCAGCGCCGGCGUUGACGAGGAGCCCGAACGCAGCGCCACAGGAAACAUGUCAGUGGUUUUAGAGAAAUGCACGCUGGUGCCUGAGCUGAAGGUGUUCGACGAGGUCGGUCACAAAUACACGAGUCGCCUCCAUGAACGGGACGAUGUGGUGAUCACAGAUCUGGAAGAUGAGGAGAGAUCGGAGUCACGGCGAGAGGAGGAGGACGGACGGGAGGACACGGUCGUUGUUUGGUGCGUCACGGGUGUGUGCGAGGUCGCUGAGGACCUCGCUGACAAUGCACAAACUCAGCAGAAUCAGAGUGGGAGUGACAAUCAGGUGGCAGUUUCUGCCCCAGCCAAUCGCACGCCUUCAGAACCUCAGCCGGCCAAUGAGAAGCCAGUGCCUGUACCCAUCAGCAGCCAACCGGUGCCUGUCUCCCGCUGUAAUGACCCGUCACCGGUUUCGUCCUCAAGGUGGCGCCCAGCAGAGCCUGCAUCGCCGCCAGGUGCGUCUGAGGAAGCGGGCGAUCAUUUAGAUGAAGCAGAAGGUUCCACCAAUGAGAAGAGAGACGUGGAGGUCGUCCAAGAAUUAUCAAACGACAGGAGCAGAAACGAGGUCACUUCCUGUCAAACAACCAAUGAAAACACAACUUCUUCCACCAAUAGGAAGCCGGAAAGUUCCUCCAAAUUGUCCGCCAAGAACGUCCCUACCUCUAAAUCUCGACCCGCCGCGACAAAACCUGGCGGCGAUAAAAGCAAGCCGAUCCGCACUCUCACCAGCUCCGAGAACCAGGGCAUGAGGCGGGUCGUGCCGAUCUCCAGGCCCAGCCGAGGGGCUCCGUCUCUGGGCAAACGCUCCGAGAAGCCUCCCGGCCUCCAGCGGGGCUCUUCCAGCACUGCAGCAACAAACGCCUCCAACCUCAACACCGCCUCCGUCCGGCGAGGAGAGCGGCCGUCGACUGCGCCUUCCUCCCGGCGCUCCAGCAUUCAAAAGCAGCCGGACCUGAAGGAGGUUUCAGGUACUCCGAACCAGGACUUGCAGAGGAAGCCAUCCAUCCGGAAGCCAUUAACGAAACCGAAACCUCCGCCGGAGGAGAAGAUGUGUCGCUCCACGCUGCGGGCGCUCGCCUUAGGAGGCAGCGUCAGCGCUCCUGUGACUCCUUCGCACAAAGCCGCCACCCCAUUGCCGCUUCCGGGUUUUGCCCGGAGCACUGCGUCCUCCUCUUUCAGACGCACCGCCCUCGCUCCUGCUGCUCCUUCACCCCGCACCGCCUCUGACUCCCCGAAGACCUCCUCCUCUGUCGCCACAUCUUUCACCCGAACAGGCUCGCUAAGAGUCUCCGCCACCUCCAGAUCCUCCGAUCUCCACAGCCCGUCCUCCUCCUCCACGCUGAGGAGGACUCAGAGCAUCAGGGCGCCUCCUCGCUCGCCGCUCCACGACCCACAGGCUCCCCCUAAAGGCCACAAACGCAACGACAGCGGCACCUUUUCCGACAAGUCGACCCACUCCAGAGACUCGGGCAAGUCCAGCAGGCCGAGCUGGAGAUAACAGGAGAAACGAGGAGUCCAAACGGCGUCUCCUGCUCUGUCCGUCUUUAGUGGACGUGUCAGAGGACGCAUUCCAAUAUGAAGUAUAGACUCCGAUUUAUGCGGGAAAAAUGGAAAAGCAAAAAUAUCAAGUUUAUUUGAAGACAUAACGGAGUAGUCACUCUGUAAUCUCAGUGCGAUUAAGGUCCGUAACUAACACGUUCGUUUUUUUAUAUUGCGUUAAUUGCCGGCCGACAUUCCCGCCUUUAAGAGGCUGAACUGGGCUCAGUUUUAAAGCUGCACUGGUGAUACUGGUAUCAUAUGAAACUAGAAGACCUGAGGAAUCCAGUGGUACCAACCAGGUCGUGUUAGCCUCUCAGUAACUAAAUAACGCUUUAAAUUUAGGCUAAAUUUUGGCGAUGUAAAAACGGUGUGUUUAUUUCACGGGGUCCCUUGACCUCUGACCUUCAGAAGGAAAACGGGUCUGUGGGUACCCAUGAGUCUCCACUUCACAGAUAUUCCCAAAUUAUGUCAGUCCCACGCAGUGUUUUGCUGUCAUUUGAUUCCUAAUCAAGACAGUCUGGUAAUAAUUGCUUUACCUCGUCAAUAUGGACUUCAUAACUGUUUCGUAAUGCAAAAUAAAAGAAUUGAAAACGUGAUUUAAAAAAUGCCAUAAAUCCCAAUUAUCUUUUUCAAUUCAAAAUUUUAAAAACUAACCCUUUGACAGCCCAAGUUCCAGUUUAAAGCACAGACACUCAGUACGUUAACGUGAUGAAAACCUGUAAUUUCUGCAGUGUUUCUGGUUAAUUUUGACUGAAUCUCAUCUUUUUCUCGUCUCUGAUUUAACUUUAUUUCAAAUCUUAAAUUUGAUUCUGCACCUUUAACGUCACUAACCGAGCUGAGGAAUCUCUGUACGUGUGGCCUGAUUUAAAAUAAAAAAUCAUUGUAUUUAAAAGAAAUUUAGAUAAAUCACAGAGAAUCGUGAAGUUUUGAGUGAUUAGUUUAGACGACGAGAUUUUUUUUUUUAAAAAGUGUCUCUGAUUCAAACCAACAGUGUCUGACUGACAGGAAAAAAAUCUGCA